CGACCGUGCACUGAGAUAUAACCGUCCGACCGCCUAUCUCGUCGACUGGCAUCAAUUGACCACCAGCAAGCCAUUGACUACUCCAAAUUUCCUCAACCCAAAUUCCAAGAUGCCUACUACCCUCAAAGAGUUUGAGAGCGUUUGGCCGCGUCUCUUGGAAGACCUGACCGAGCAUUGCAAGGCCUACAAACUCCCCCAACAGUCCCUUGACUGGUUCAGGAGGCAACUUCAAUACAACACUGUCGGCGGGAAAUGCAAUCGAGGAAUGUCUGUGAUAGACACCUCCGCGCUGCUCCUCAACAAAGAAUUAACCGAGGAGGAGUACUUCCGAUCCGCCGCCUUGGGAUGGAUGAUCGAGCUACUCCAGGCCUUCUUCCUCGUCUCAGACGACAUCAUGGACUCCUCAAAGACCCGCCGCGGCGCCCCUUGCUGGUACCGGGUUCCUGAGGUCAAGAUGAUUGCUAUCAACGACGCUUUCAUGCUCGAGGCCUCCAUCUACGUGCUGCUGAAGAAGCAUUUCCGCCAAGAGAAGAGCUACGUGGAUCUCAUUGAGCUGUUCCACGAAGUGACCUUCCAGACGGAGCUCGGCCAGCUGUGUGAUCUGCUCACCGCUCCCGAGGACGAAGUCGAUCUGAGCAACUUCAGCCUCGAGAAGUUUACCUUCAUCGUCAUCUUCAAGACCGCCUACUAUAGCUUCUACCUGCCCGUUGCGCUCUCUUUGCACUUCUGCGGCUUUGCGACUGAGAAGAACCUCAACACCGCAUUGGACAUCCUGAUUCCCAUGGGCGAAUACUUCCAGGCGCAGGACGACUACCUAGACGCUUUCGCCGACCCAGAAGUGCUCGGCAAGAUUGGAACCGACAUCAUGGACAAUAAGUGCUCAUGGCUGAUCAACCAGGCUCUCAAGAAGGUGACCCCGGAGCAAAAGAAGAUCCUCGAAGACAACUACGGCCAGAAGAACAGCGAGCGCGAGGCCAAGGUCAAGGCACUGUACCACGAGUUGAAGUUGGCGGAGUUCUACGAGCAAUGGGAAGAGGAGCGCGUUGCUGAUCUCAGGGCCAAGAUUGACAAGGUUGACGAGUCUGAGGGCUUGAAGAAGGAGGUCUUUGAGACUUUCCUUAAGAAGAUCUACAAGAGGAGCAAGUGAGCGAAACUUGCUGCUCCAAAACUUCAACGAUUCGUGUAAUGGUGAAAUUUUAUUCACGAUCAUAACGCAAGGUUAGAGAUGGGCCAAGAUUUUAAGGGUUUGCGGUGUCCGAUGCUUUCAUGUUCGUAGCGGCAAAAGCGGGUCUUGAGGCCAUUUCCGAUUGAGUCAGGCUUUCAUAAGAUAUCCUAUGUAGGCGCUUUCAUUCGCCAUUAUCGGAAGUGAUCAUGUAGUGGAUCAUGCCCCUUGCUUCACAACCGUCACUACACAAUAUUGACCUGCGACACACG